UUGUAUAGCUUUAAACUGUUUCAUCUGGUGCAUGUCCAUGCUUGUUUCCAGAAACUUGCCAGUUUCGAGACAAUUUGGUCAGGUCCGUGUCAGUGCACUUCAGGCAAGGCAUCACAAUGCAAUACAUCUGCAAACACUCACCUGUCCUUAGUGGCUGUGCUCGUUGAGCUACUUUACAAUGAUCUAUGGGAGUGGUGAUACAGCAGAUACUCACUAGCCUAACUACAAGUGAGUUUAAAGUUCUGCACUGCAGGCAUUCAGCGCUUCCUCGGCGACAGUUCGUAAUGUCAGGAGAUUAUUUUUAAAAUAUCUCUUGGCUGUGGUUCUGCCUGUCGUUAGGGGGCGUGUAGACUCUCUAAGCUUGCUCCUGCCCUGCUAAUGCAAGUAGAGCUUCAGCAAAGCGACCAGACUGCAGAUACUACUGGAAACAUGGCGGCUGGGCCCGGAGCGGCCAGCAGUGGCCACAGUGGUGGCCGUGCCUCCGGCGGUUUUGAGGCUUCUCUAGACCGUCGCUUUCAAGGAAUUUCAAAUACAAUGGAUUCAAUACAAGGAUUGUGCAGCUGGUGCAUCGAAAACAAGAAACACCACAGCCUUAUCGUGCGUUACUGGUUGAAGUGGCUCAAGAAAUCUGAUGCAGCACACAGACUGAACCUGUUUUACCUGGCCAACGAUGUCAUUCAGAACUGUAAGAGGAAGAAUGCCAUUGUGUUCCGCUCCUCCUUCGCUGAAGUGCUCCCGGGGGCCGCCCUGCUGGUCAAGGAUGCUAAAGUGCAUAAGUCUGUGGAGAGGAUCUUCACCAUCUGGCAGGAGAGAAAUGUUUAUUCUGAGGAGUUGAUCACUGAGCUCAAAACCAACCUAGUGAAGAAGGAGCCGCCCCCUCCUGCAGCACCACCGGUCAAUCCAAAAACUGCGCUGAAGUCGAAGGUUGUUGCAGAAUUUGCACCACAGGCGUUCAUUGAUCAGUUGUCCAGUCACCAGCGAAUUCUGGAGGAGACUGACCUGAGGCAGAAGCAGAUGGCUGCCCUCAGAGUGGACGUCUGCAAUCUUAACAGUGCAGAGGCCCUCAAAAGGCUCAAAGAUAAAGCUGGAGGUAACAAGUUCUCUACGGACUUUGAGGACGGCAGCUCCAAGCUGCAGGAGUUUGUGACGUUUCUGGAGGGACAGAUGAACUCAGGUCCCCCCCUGCUGGAGGCUCUUAGUAAUGCAGACAUCUUCUACGAGAUGCAGUACAAAGAAGUCAAGAUCGUCGCUAAUGCCUAUAAGACGUUUGCCAACCGCGUGUCCAACCUGAAGCGGAAACUGGAUGCCCUCAGGGGCACUCUGCCAGAUCCGGAUGACUCGCCCAUCCCCUCACCCUCUGAAGAUGCCCCCUCACCCACGGGCUCCGAGUCACCCUUCCAUGGCCUGAUCGGGUCCAGGGGGGGCCAUGACCACCCAGAGCUGGACAGGAGGGGCAAGGACCUGCAGUCGGACAACAGAGACGUGGAGGACAUGGAUCUGUCCGAGGAGGAGGAGGAGGAGGAGCAGCCAGCCAUCUCGGGCAUCAUAGUUGGGGAGAGGAAGGAGAAACCAUCCGCAUCAACGGUAUCCAAGACGACCACAGCUCCACCUCCAGCAGCCUCCAAACUCACAUCCACUGCAGCCAAUCCCACAAAGGCACCAGCGGAGCGCUCAGCCAAUCAGACGCCCCCAUCAUCAACCGCACCUACACAGACCACACCCACCAUGGUGUCUGGCCCCUCCCCUCUGCAGGUGAACCUGGCCAAUGUGGACCUGGGCAAAAUCAGCUCCAUCCUCAGCAGCAUUACCAGCGCCAUGAAAGGCUCAGGAGUGAGCCCGGCUCCACGCCCUUCUCCAACGACACCCACCACCCCUUCCAGCCAAUCCACGCCCUCCAAGACUCCAGUCCCCGCCCCCGCCACCCCUCCUGCAGCCAACCCGCUGGCAAGCAUCCUGUCGCGUGUGGACAUCACCCCAGAGGGCAUUCUGAGCGCGCUCAGUAAAACUAAGGGCCACAGCCCUGGCCUGCAGGGACUGUCCUCGUAUCUACACAGUGUAUCCGGAACCUCGACUGGGAGUCAGAGUACCACCAGUGCCUCCACCUCAACUCCACAACUUUCCUCCUCAUCCACUGUCACCACAGCAACGGCCACCGCUUCAACAACAGCCAAGACAAAACCGUCAUCUAGCCUCAACAGCCUCAAGCGAGACCUGGAGAGGGAGAGGAUGAGAGAGUGGGAGAAGGUGAGGGAGAGGGAGAGGGAGAAAGAGAGGGAGAAGGAAAGGGAGAGGGAAAGAGAGAGGGAGAAAGAAAAGGAAAAGGAGCGAGAUAGGGAGAGGGAAAGGGAGAGGGAGAGAGCGAAUGAGGCAGCAGCUGCGGCCAUGCCUAGCCUGGACUCGAAGAUCCACACCUUCCUCCAGGGGAACCCCGCCUUCAGUGAGAUGGGGCUGGGCCUGGACGACGGGGACCCCACCGGCAGCCCUCUCCUGGUGGGGGACAAUGCAGACGGCACCCCUGUUCGAGAUGAAGCGGCAUCUACUCCCACCCAGGACGAGAUUAUGGACACCCCUGAGCCCUCUGAGGUCCACGGGCGCCAGGGUGAGUCCCAGAAGUCUCAGGCGCUGUCAGGGCGCCCCAACCUUUCGCCGACCGCCUACCGCAGCGACCUGUGGGACGCCGUCAUUAACCCCAGAGAGCUGUUAGGCGAUGUCAGGCCAAAGGAUGGGGACUACCGCCCCAAUGCCCUGCGGCACCCCACAUUCCCUCCCGCUAGCAAGAAGGCCGCCAAACCUUCGGUUAGGCCGAAGGAGGACGAGCCCAUGAUGAAGAGGAAGGCCCCGGUAGCAUCCUCUUCCUCCCUGGAGCAGAAGGUCAAGGUGAGCCGCAAGGCAAGCUUGGAGGAGGGGCGGCCGGCGGAGGCGGAAGAGAAGGGGAAGAGAGGAGGGAAGGAGGUGGCGCCCUCUGGUGGCGGUGAACGACAGCAGUACCAUCGCAUUGAGACUGUGGUGUCGUCCAACUGCGGAGAGGGCACGCCCAUCCAGACGCUGGACUCCGGCUUCAGACGGCUGUCUGGAGAGCGCAUCCAGACUGUGGAGAGCAUCCGCGUGAUUGGCCGAGGCAUGAGGAGAGGAGGCGGAGUCAGCGCCCGCGGACCCGAGUCCUGGUACGAAGAGCAGGCGUUCAUGGAGGACGCCUCCGAAUCAGCCAACGAGCGGAGCGGCGGUGGUUUAGGGUUACCCCCGUCACCUGCCCUUCACAUGCCCCCCCCACCACACCCCCACAUGCCUCAGGGGGCAUACCAGCCACCCUACAGCAACGAGGACCCCCAUCAGCGCUCACACACACACCCACACCCACAGGCACACGCACACACACACCCCCACACGUUGCCACAUCAGCAUCAGCAUCAGCACCAGCACCAGCACCAGCAGCGGCCGCAGAUGCCCCCCCAUCCCCCCGGCUCCCACUUCUUCCCGCCCUCGAUCCCCCAACGCCCCCCUCCACCCAUCCCUCAACUUCCCCCACCCCCCAGGGAGUUCAUGUCCACUACUUCAGCAGUCAUGGUCGGAGGCGUGCUGGUGCCUAUCGACAGAAUCCUGCCUAACCCCCCCUCCAACACUACACGUUCCGAGGGUGCAGAGCGCGGGGGUGCCGGUGGCCCCCCCCAGAAUCGCGACAGAGUAGGGAAGUCCCCCACCACCCCUCUGACCCCCCGCCCCCUCAUGUCCUCUCUACUUGGAGACCCCCCUCCCCUCCCCCGUCCCGGGACGGUCAAAGAGCAUUUCACCCCACGCCACACCCCCCCUUUGCACCGCCCGGGUGCCCCCGGCGUCCCCCCUCCGCUGCUGGGCCACGUGAAGGAGGGUCCUGGUCCCAGCCCCCCUCCCACCACCACCCCCUCCUCCUCCGCCCCUUCCUCUCCUGCCGACCCCCAGCCCCUCCUCCCAAACCGCCUGCCCACCCCAAACCAGAGCCCUCGCACCCCCACCAGCCCGUCCCCCCAGCCUCGCAACCACAGACGCCCCCCCUCGCCCUCCUCCCAUCUGCGCCUCCCCUCCCUGGCCCUCCCUCUGCGCCCCCCCCUCCCCACUCCUCCCCAGAGACCUAACCCGAGAGGCCAGACCCCCUUCCUGCUCCGUACCCCUCCCUUUGAAAGAAAACCCCUCUUUACCGGGGGCAAGCGCCCUGCAUUUGGCGGAAACCAGGGGACAGCGUUCCCCCCCAAAAGACCCUUCUUGCCCCCCCGCUACUGA